AUGGCAACGCUAACCGCCCAACCUACCGCCGGCACCCAACCACCAAAAUACCACACCUCUCUCCUCACAGCGCUCGACUGCCGCGGCCAUGUCCACCUGAUCCUGGGGACGAACCCUCUUGCCGCAUCACGCUGCACGCAGUCCCUCGCCGCCGGCGCAACUCCUAUCGUCAUCGCUCCGGCCGCCGGCGUCACGGACCUGCACUACGCCCUGCAGAAGCGCAUCGAUGCCGGCGAGGUCCAAUGGCUUCGCCGCCCCUUUGAGGACGCCGACCUGUCCACGCUCGGCCGCCCAGAGGUCGACGGCUUCGUGGAUGCCGUCUUUGUCACCGCCGCGGGCCCGCGAGACCCACAGUCGCCCGCUGCCCACGUCGCGGCCCUAUGCAGGCGUCAGCGCGUCCCCGUCAACGUCGUCGACAGCCCCGCCCUCUGCACCUUUAGCCUGCUGAGCACCCACGCCGACGGCCCGCUGCAGGUCGGCGUCACCACCAACGGCAGGGGCUGCAAGCUGGCCAGCAGGAUCAGGAGGGAGAUCGCCGCUGCGCUGCCCAGGGAUCUGGGUGCGGCUUGCGCCAGGUUGGGCGAGGUCAGGAGGCGCGUGCAGGAAGAGGAUGGACGCGGCGGCGCCAAGGCCGGGGAAGGCAUGACUACCGACGACGACUCGUACGACCAGUCGGCGAGCUUCAACAAGCUCGUGACGGAUGCGGAUAUCGAAGCCGCCAAGACUAGGCGUAUGAGGUGGCUAUCCCAGGUCUGCGAGUACUGGCCGCUGAAGCGCCUGGCCGCCGUGACGGACGCCGAUGUUGACGCCGUGCUGGCAUCGUACCACACCAGCGCCAGCGCCAGCGCCAGCACCAGCACAUCUAUAACACAACCAGAAACGACAACCCCUCCCCAAGCCCACCCCAGCCCAUCCUCGUCACCAUCGUCUCCAACCCCGCGCGGUCGCAUAAUCCUCGCCGGCUCCGGACCCGGCCACCCGGACCUCGUCACCCUCGCGACGCACAAGGCCCUCCAAACCGCCGACGUGAUCCUAGCCGACAAGCUCGUCCCGUCGGGGGUGCUAGACCUGAUCCCACGGCGGACGCCCGUGUCCAUCGCGCGCAAGUUCCCGGGGAACGCCGACGCCGCGCAGGAAGAGCUCAUCUCGUCCGCGCUGGCCGCAUACCAAGCCGGAAAGACGGUCCUGCGCCUGAAGCAAGGCGACCCGUUCGUCUACGGGCGCGGCGGCGAGGAGAUUGCGGCGUUCCGGGCGGCCGGCGUGCCCGAAGACCGCGUCGCGGUGCUGCCGGGCCUGACGAGCGCGCUGUGCGCCCCGCUGUUUGCCGGCAUCCCCGCCACGCAGCGCGACGUGGCCGACCAGGUCCUCGUGUGCACCGGCACCGGCAAGAAGGGGAAGCCGCCCACGCCGCCGGGCCACCUGCCCUCGAGGACCGUGGUGUUCCUCAUGGCGCUGCACAGGAUCGUCGGGCUGGUUGGGGAGCUGACGGAACGGACGGCCGAGGAGCAGGGCGCCGGCGAGGAGAAGAGGGCGCUGUGGCCGAGGGAUACGCCCUGCGCCGUCGUGGAGCGCGCCAGCUGUCCGGACCAGAGGGUCAUACGGACGACGCUGCGGCACGUCGCGGAGGCCAUCGAGCAGGAGGGCAGCAGACCGCCCGGGCUGUUGGUGGUCGGGAGGGCGUGCGAGGUGCUGUACAGCAUGGAGAAGGGGAGAGCUUGGGUGGUAGAGGACGGGUUCAAGGGGCUGGACUACUUGGAUGACGUCGUCGCUCAGGGAAUGCCGCUUCUAGCAUGA